UUGCAUGGUAGUAAAAAUCAGCCGGUAUUUUAGUUCAUGAUUAUUUCAGUCAUGAAAGUUAGCUCCUUAGAAAUAUUAUUAAUGGUAGUCAGCUAUAAUUGGAAUGUAGAUACAUAAUUAACAAGUAUUUCAAUAUGUAAAAGUGAUAGUGCAGAUUUCGGGUAUGGUUUUCACUAUGGGCGACGAUUUCUUCGCCGGGUGGGUUGCAGGUAUGACUGGGGUAUGCGCUGGACACCCGUUGGACACAAUAAAAGUGUUGCAGCAAGUCAACUCCACCGGAAUGAUGGACACUGUAAGACGACUUUACCGUCAAGGUGGUAUUCGGCCAUUUUUUAGCGGGAUGACACCCCCACUGGUCACAACGGGUCUCUUAAACUCCAUAUUUUUCGGGGUUUACGGCUACUCAAUACAAUUCUUUACAACACGUGGUGACCCACCCACCUUCUACAUGACACACUUUUUAGCCGGUUGCAUCGCCGGAACGGCUCAACUUCUUGUAGGCUGUCCAGUCGACGUGGUCAAGAUUCAGAUGCAGACGAAUUGUCGAAAACAUUCCAGCGAACUGAGAGGAGUUUGGAAUUGCAUCGCAAAUAUUUUAAAAUUAAGUGGAAUUUUCGGUUUGUACAAAGGACUGAUCAGCCACGCUUUGAGGGACAUUCCAUCCUCUGGAGUUUAUUUCGUUGUGUAUGAAUAUUCCAAGAUUACAUUAGCCAGUAAGAGAAACGAGUCAAAUCGCGUACAUUUUGUCGCUGGAGGGUUAGCAGGCGUCUUAUCAUGGUGGUCGACGUUGCCGCUGGACGUUAUUAAGUCUCGUCUGCAAGCAGACUCUGGAUUACGCCACAAGUCCGAAGGAAUCCUACACGUGGUAUCUCAAAUCUUAAAGAAGGAUGGACUAGCAGGACUUUUUCAUGGAUUUUGGCCCCUCUCAUUCAGAGCUUUCGUCGUGAAUGGGGUCAUAUUCUUGGUUUAUGAACAUUUCUAGAAAAUAAAAAUAAAAAUAUAUAAAUCAGUGCCGA